AUGAGUGAAACAGCUCUUAUUAAACAUUUUACUGAAUUAUCAACAUCUCAACAAAGUGUAGAAACAAUCUCACUUUUUCUUCUUCAUCAUCGGCGUCAAUCACAAAUAAUCGUUCACGUGUGGGCAAAAGAACUGAUUCGAGCGUCAGCACAGCGUAAAAUAGCGUUUUUGUAUGUUGCGAACGAUGUUAUUCAAAAUGAUAAACGAAAAGGUGGAGAAUUUGUUCGCGCUUUUUUACCAGUAUUAGCCUCAGCUGUCGAACAUAUUACACAUUCAAACGAUAAUACCAACAACAAAACGAGUAAUUUAAAAAUAUCCAAUAACGUUAAUGAUAACGAUGAAAGACUAAAUGUAGAUAAUAGUUCUACGACGAGCAAAACUUUAAAACGUUCAGCUAAUAGCAAAUUCAAUAAUAUGUCAAUAAAGCGACGUCGAAAACUCAAACGCAAACUAUCGCUAAAAGAAGAAACAAGACGUGAUUUAGCGAUGAAUCCAACAGUAAUUCCAAUUGUUGAUGAAUUCGUUAAAAUUCUUCAAGAAUUAGAAAAUUCACCAUCGUCUGAUGCUGUUGUACGUGAAAAAAUAGCUGCUUUGCCUCCAGAAGUCAGCGACAUUAAUUUGUUAAAGACUCUUUGUGAUAAAACAGAGGCAGUGGAACUUUAUCAGAUUGUUACUAAAGCACAUCGAUUAUUAGAUGAAUAUAAUUUACGUUUAGAAAGUGAAUUAUAUUCAAGAAAAUAUACAGCAAAAAUGUUACAAGCUUUUAGUCAAGCACAAGAAAAACAAAUUAUGUAUGAAGAAAAAUUAUAUGGUAAAUAUAAAGUGAAAUUACCAAAAUUAGACUUGAUUCAAGAAGAACUUGAAAAACAUCGUAAAAAUAUGCCCGAUUGUGAGCGAAUACAAGAAGAUCUAACACCAUUACCAAGUGCUGACGAUUUGUUCUCUGAAUAG